AUGAGGCUUACUCUCACUGAUUUGAAUGCACAGAUUACUCUCGUGGAUUUGCUGCAAUAUCCUUUGGAUGCAGCAUCCAAUCAACAGGCCUCACUGUGGUUCCCAGAUGCGUUUGCAUAUGUCAAUGUGGAUCUGGGUGCGGAGUAUCAGAGUCUGGUCUCUACGUGGAUUGAUCUCGAGCGAACAACCCAAUGGAGGACAAAUGCGAAGGUGCGGCUCCCCACCGUCAACCGCCCGUCACUGCUAGCCGAGUGGGUAGACAAGAAACGGUACAAAUGCAAGGCAAACGAACCGAAUAUCGAGGAUUGUGGUAUUGAAUUUGCUGAGAACGUGAAAACUUGGUGGACUUCUUUCCAGCCAGCGUGGAGACAGAGUCCGACAGGAGAGAGACCGUCUCUGCUACAUAUAAGGUCUGAUGAAUGGAAGUCUAUCGAUAAGUUCGGAUUGAAUGGUUGGUUCGGAAUCAUUGUAUGUUUGAAAUGGUGGGGCUUAAAUUUACAAUAUCGAUCGGUCGAAGACAAUACUCAAGGAAAGGGUGAUUGGUUAAAAAUUGUCGGAGAUGUUUGCCAUGUCAUGAAAGCCUUAGUAGAACAUCGUCGCGACGCCGGGUCGAAUUGA